GGCCCCUAGACCCCCGCGCCGUUGGAGGCCCCCCGGCGAGCCCGAUCGCUGUUAGUCCGAAGGAAGCCCGAAGUCCAGGCGAGAGCGGCCGCGGCCAGCGGAGCCCGCCCGCGCGCCCGGGAAGUGGAAGUGGGAGGGAGGCAGAGUUGGGUGAGGGCGCGCGGGGUGCGCUUGGGUCCGGCUCGGGCUGGGGCUCAGGACCGAAACUGGUGGACCAGGCCCCCGACGCGGCUUUACCCCGAUCGGAGCCGGGCCGAGCGGACGGAGAGGGACGGAGCGAGCAAGGACACAUGGCCUCGCCAUUCCUGCCCGCCGGGGCCACCACCGGUGAUAGCGGCGGGGAGCUGAGCUCGGGGGACGACUCGGGUGAUGUGGAAUCCCUUCAGAGCCCCGAGACCGAGGCAGCCGGCAGCCUGGCCGAGCUGUUUGAGCAGGCGGCAGCGCACCUCCAAGGCCUGAUUCAGGUGGCCAGCAGGGAGGAGCUCUUGUACCUGUAUGCCCGGUACAAGCAGGUCAAAGUUGGAAAAUGCAAUACUCCUAAACCAAGCUUCUUUGACUUUGAAGGAAAGCAAAAAUGGGAAGCAUGGAAAGCACUUGGUGAUUCAAGCCCCAGCCAAGCAAUGCAGGAGUAUAUCGCGGUAGUUAAAAAACUAGAUCCAGGUUGGAAUCCUCAGUCAUCAGAGAAGAAAGGAAAAGAAGCAAAUACUGGUUUUGGUGGGCCAGUUGUUAGUUCACUAUAUCAUGAAGAAAUCAUCAGGGAAGAAGACAAAAACAUAUUUGAUUACUGCAGGGAAAACAACAUUGACCGUGUAACUAAAGCCAUCAAAUCAAAAAGUGUGGAUGUGAAUGUAAAAGAUGAAGAGGGCAGAGCUCUACUCCAUUGGGCAUGUGACCGAGGACAUAAAGAACUAGUCACAGUCUUGUUACAAUAUAGAGCUGAUAUUAAUUGUCAGGACAAUGAAGGUCAAACAGCUCUACAUUAUGCUGCUGCUUGUGAGUUCUUGGACAUUGUAGAGCUGCUGCUCCAGUCCGGUGCAGACCCCGCUCUCCGAGACCAGGACGGCUGCCUGCCGGAGGAGGUGACAGGCUGCAAGGCAGUGGCGCUGGUGUUGCAGAAGCACACGACUGGCAAGACUUAAUCAAAAGGCCAGAAAACCACAGUCUGUAACAGCAGAGGGCUUCAAUGAUGAAAGAAACUGUAAAAAUAAUACUCCUUUUACCACCCAUCUUUGGUAUACAUUGGCUAAUAAAAUCAGUUCUGAGGAACUGGGA